AUGGCUGCUGCAUUUGAUGACGAGGACCUCUCGGUCUCUCUUCCUCCUGUCGACCGCGACCGCCAUCGUGAGCGUUCCAACGGCUCCAACAACUCCCCCAAUCCGAACCAGUCCGCCAUGGCCAUGCCCCCGCCCUCGCGCCCGAUCGGAAAGGGUGCUGACCCUUCGAGACAGUCACCGGCCACAAUGAGGGAUAUGCAGCGGUUGGAUCAGUAUCAUACAGUCAAGGUGCUAGGCGAGGGAUCUUUUGGGAAGGUCAAGCUGGCCAUUCACCAACCCAGUGGCCGACAAGUCGCCUUGAAAAUCAUCUCCCGCCGCAAGCUGCUCUCCCGGGACAUGAUCGGUCGAGUCGAGCGGGAGAUCCAAUACCUACAGCUACUACGACACCCUCAUAUCAUUAAACUGUACACCGUCAUUUCAACCAAAACCGAUAUCAUUAUGGUACUGGAAUAUGCAGAGCGAGAAUUGUUCGAUUACUUGGUGAAGCGAGGCCGGUGCAACGAUGCCGAAGCUCGCAAGUUCUUCCAACAGAUCAUAUGUGCAGUGGAAUACUGUCAUCGUCAUAAAAUUGUUCAUCGUGAUCUGAAGCCGGAAAACCUGCUCAUUGACCGAGACAAGAAUGUCAAGAUUGCGGAUUUUGGCCUGAGUAAUAUCAUGACGGACGGCAAUUUUCUCAAGACCAGCUGUGGAAGCCCCAACUAUGCAGCCCCCGAAGUCAUCUCGGGUAAGCUGUACGCUGGUCAGGAGGUUGACGUAUGGAGCUGCGGAGUCAUUCUUUACGUGCUGCUGGUAGGACGACUUCCAUUUGAUGACGAUUACAUCCCGGCUCUUUUCAAGAAAAUCGCCGCUGGCAACUUCCACAUGCCCACUUACAUAUCUUCCGGAGCUGCUCGCCUCAUCCGGUCAAUGCUCCAGGUGCACCCAGUGCACCGGAUCACCAUCGAGGAAAUCCGCAAGGAUCCUUGGUUCCUCCAAGAUUUGCCCAAAUACCUGCAUCCGCCUUCAGAGGAGUUUAUUGCCACGGGAGUUGACCCGCACAAAGCGAUCGAUCCCCGGAAGAUUGCGUUGGGAAAGCCACAGGCCAUCCAGAACAAGAUCAGCCAGGUAGCAAUCUCCAAGUUGGAGAGGAGCAUGGGAUAUGGACGUGAUGAUAUUGAAGAUGCGCUCAAACAUCCCGAGCCGAGUGCCAUCAAGGACGCUUUCUUCAUCAUUGUGGAGAAUGAAAUGAUGCAAACAAACUCGCCUACGGAUGACAAUAUGUUGAACCCUCCAGUUGUACCUUCCCCGCCACCAACAAACCGUGCUGUUCCCUCGACGGGAUCUGGACGACCAGCGACGUCUCAGGCGCAGGCAGCGCAGUCACUUCCAUCACGCACACGGUCCGGUUCCCGCCGACAACCUGUUCCCAUGUCCUUACCGGCCGAUUCGGACGAAUUAGAGGCGCCACGAGUGAGCCACGUCAGAAUUUUGCCGACUAGCUUACCUUAUGUUCAUGAUCAACUCAUGGAACAAAGGGAGCGAGAACGGGAGCGUGAACGUGAGCGGGCGAGAGAGGACCGACAAGAGCAAUUACAGGCCGGUCUGGACGAUGACGACCCCCGCCGGACUGCUCGGUCGCCGGAAGAACAGGAAGCAACAGCAAGAGCCUUGAAGCCGCAUUCCCGCAGUAUUGUUGAUCUGGAUAAGCUUCGGCUUGAGCCGCCAGAAAGCCGCAGCGCCCCGCAUCAACCUAGAAAGUCUCGACGAUGGCAGUUCGGCAUUCGCUCUCGCAACCAACCAUAUGAGGCUAUCCUCUAUCUGUACAAAGCAAUUGCGGCACAGGGGGGAAUUUGGGAGAUGCAACCCGCGGACACAGAUGGUGCCGCGGACGACGAUCUCGCCAACCGACCCUUGCAAACCAAGUAUCCAGAUUUGCCCUCUGACCAUUAUGUUCCCAAGGACUUGUGGUUCAUCCGAGCGCGUCUACUAAAGGAAGGUGUCAGAGCACCCGGUACGUCAUCCAGCAUGCAUAGCAGCCGCAGCGAUCUCGAAGAGCUGCGGCGCCGGUUCAAUCUGUCAGGAACCGCGAUUUCAGAGGACAAGCCCACCGCAGCAGAGUCAACAGUCACAUCAGGUGCUUCAUCAGCCACACGGGAAGCUACCAUCUCUCGCAUCUCGUACGGAGUUUGGGUCUUUGUAGACAUUCAGCUCUACCAACUGGAAGAGAACAACUACAUGGUCGAUUUCAAAUGCGACGGUUAUCAGAACGUGAUCCGCGCAGAAGGUGACACUGAUUGGCACCCAAUCAGCAAACGCUUCCGCAACAAGGACAAGGAGGUGACGAGUCCUUAUCCGUUCCUGGACGUGGCAUCCGACCUCGUGGCACAGUUGGCCGUGGCAAGCUGA